CUAAAAUAAAGCCCUCGGCAUGAGCAGCGGCGGCGGCGGCGGCGGCGCAGCCAGCAGCAGCAGCUCUGUGCAACAGUUUUAUAAUGUCGCAAGCUUCGGAUUGCAGCAGCAGCAGCAACAACAUCAACAACAACAACAACAACAACAGCAGCUUUUGAAUUUGGGCUUGGGCUUGGGUAUGGGCACAGGUGGCAGUGGCAGCGGUGUCAACGGCGGCGUUGGCAGCAUAAGCAGCAGCUGCAAGCGCUACCAAAGAAAGUUUUAUAACCGCAAUUGACGCAGCCUUUGAGCUACUAUAU